AUUACAAAUUCAAACUUGAAACAUUUCAUGGUCCACAUAUUUUUCAAUUUGGAAAUCCUGAAUUUUACACCAUAUCCACACAUCCAGAAGGCAAUAUUUCUUCCUGAAAAUUAAUAAACGAACAAUUUUUUUCACGGUUCCACUUGUUUUGUGAGAAGUUUGAGUAGGAAUGGCCAUGGCAACGGCAAUGAUACUGCCCGUUCAGAGCUCCUUUUUUUCAAACUUAUCGUCAGUGCGACAAAAUUUGAUGGGUCGAUCGACAUUAUCAAGUAAGAGAUUAGUGCCGAGAGUAAAAAUAGUAGCUGAAGCGGAAAGUGAGCAAAAGAAGAAAGGAGAAGAUGAGAGUUUCAGCCCUUUCAAAUUUGUUACAGACAAUCCUUCAAGCAGAAAUGCUAUUCAAUUGCCUGUUAGACCCGCUGAGGAUGGAUUUGUAGGCGAAAUGAUAUCUAGAAUAGAGAACAAGGGAAGGGAUUAUGGUUCUUAUGUUAAGGCUGGAAAUUUUAAAUGGUUUGUUAGAGAAACAGGAUCAUCUGAUACAAAGCUUGGUACAAUUGUUUUCAUACAUGGAGCACCAACACAAUCCUUUAGUUAUCGAGUUGUGAUGGCUCAGAUGGCAGAUGCUGGCUACCACUGCUAUGCACCAGAUUGGCUUGGAUUUGGGUUUAGCCAAAAACCUCAACCUCGGUUUGAUUUUGCAUACACAGAGGAAGCGUUUCAUGAAGAAUUUGAGAAGUUGUUGAUUGAGCUGGGUAUUGAUACACCUUUUAUCAUGGUAACUCAGGGAUUUCUUAUGGGUUCCUAUGGAUUAACUUGGGCAUUGAAGAAUCCAAGCAAGAUAGAAAAGGUUGCCAUCUUAAAUAGUCCAUUGACUUCUUCAGCUCCAGUUCCCGGUUUAUUUAAGAAAUUACAGUUUCCACUUCUAGGAGAAUUCACAUGUCAAAACGCAAUUAUGGCAGAACGAUUCAUUGAAGGAGGAAGCCCCUAUGUAUUGAAGAAUGAAAAAGCAGAUGUUUAUCGACUACCUUACUUAUCAAGUAGCGGACCUGGUUUUGCUAUUCUUGAGGCUGCACGAAAAGCUCCAUUCAAGGAUUUGUCAUCACGAAUUUCUAAUGGAUUUUCAUCUGGAAGGUGGGAUAUUCCAAUACUAGUAGCAUGGGGUAUGGCAGACAAGUACCUAGCUCCAGUAGAGGCUGAGACGUUUAAACAGAAUAAUGUAAGCAUUGUUACAGUUAAUUUAUUAGAAGGAGCUGGUCAUUUGCCACAAGAGGAUUGGCCAGAAAAGGUUGUAGAUUCCGUAAAACGUUUCUUGAAGUAAAUCUGAGAUUAGCAGCCAUUGUUGUUGUAAUAGAAUCACAGAAUCUGGAAAUUCUGUGUCGUUCCAUUAUUUCUAUGCCAUUACAUUUGUGUUUCUUUUGCAAGAUGUCAUGCAAAUCAAUCUGCCCAAAAGCUUUCCUUAUUUUUUAAUUUUUGCUAAGUUAUUUGCAUUUUCUAUCUCUGGUUAAUAACAUCUUGGUGCGAUCCAAAGAUUGCAGUGGUAUUAAUCAUAUAUCUUUGUCACAUUAUAGUAAGCAUUUAAUGCUAGCGGCUAUUUGGAACACCAAAAGAUUUCUAGACAUUUUUAUUGAUCUUUAUGUAGAUAUUUUGUUUCGCUAUAAAUAUCAAGUUUCAUCAAGCA